AUGAGCGAGGGCCCCAAACCUACCUGUAUCAUGAGCGAGGGCCCCAAACCUACCUGUAUCAUGAGCCAGGGCUCCAAACCUACCUGUAUCAUGAACGAGGGCCCCAAACCUACCUGUAUCAUGAGCGAGGGCCCCAAACCUACCUGUAUCAUGAGCGAGGGCCCCAAACCUACCUGUAUCAUGAGCGAGGGCUCCAAACCUACCUGUAUCAUGAGCGAGGGCUCCAAACCUACCUGUAUCAUGAGCGAGGGCCCCAAACCUACCUGUAUCAUGAGCGAGGGCUCCAAACCUACCUGUAUCAUGAGCGAGGGCCCCAAACCUACCUGUAUCAUGAGCGAGGGCCCCAAACCUACCUGUAUCAUGAGCGAGGGCUCCAAACCUACCUGUAUCAUGAGCGAGGGCUCCAAACCUACCUGUAUCAUGAGCGAGGGCCCCCAACCUACCUGUAUCAUGAGCGAGGGCUCCAAACCUACCUGUAUCAUGAGCGAGGGCCCCAAACCUACCUGUAUCAUGAGCGAGGACUCCAAACCUACCUGUAUCAUGAGCGAGGGCCCCAAACCUACCUGUAUCAUGAGCGAGGGGCCCCAAACCUACCUGUAUCAUGAGCGAGGGCCCCAAACCUACCUGUAUCAUGAGCGAGGGCCCCAAACCUACCUGUAUCAUGAGCGAGGGCCCCAAACCUACCUAUGGCCUGCGUGA